GUGUGCACGGUACCAGGGUGAGGCAGAGCGAGCGACAAAUGGAGUAACUCUUGAGAGUGCCAGUGUGUUACCAGACUCAACAACCUGCGAGUUGCUAUCCAGAUGGAACAGUCUGCUGCUGCUUGAGCACUGCAUUUCCUGAACACUAAACAGAUACUGGUGCUAGUCUCCCAGGAGUAAGAAUGGAUCACCCAUUAACCAGAACUAAGGUUGUAGGGUACUGGUUCAAUGAAAAGAAGUGCCAAAAGUUUGGUGUGGCAGAGUUGAAGGCAACAUGCAAGAGACGGGGAAUAGAGCUUGUCAAGAUUGAUAUGAGUUCUCCUAUGGAAGACCAAGGACCCUUUGACCUUUUGCUUCAUAAGCUGACAGCAUUGUAUGCUCAGGCACGCAAUGAUGAUCCCAAGGCUGUAGCUGCAAUCAAAAUGUUUGAAAAUUACAUUAAAGAUCACCCAGAAACCUCUGUAAUGGAUCCUCUUCCUGGUGUUCUCCGACUCUUGCUGAGGAACCAAACUUAUGACCUUCUACGGCAGUGCUUCAAACAAGAUGAUAAGGUGUUCACUCCCACAUAUGUAGAACUCUCCACAACAAAUUUACACCACAACAGAAAGUUGAUUCAGGAGGCAAAUGUUACAUUCCCAGUGGUAUGCAAGCCAGUAACAGCAGGUGGUGGAGUAGAAGCACAUGAGAUGGCUGUAGUGUUUAAUGAAAAGGGCAUUUCUGAAUGCACGUUACCAUGUGUUGCGCAGUCGUUCAUUAACCAUGGAGCUGUUCUCUACAAACUCUUUGUCCUGGGACCUGUGUGGUUUGUUAUUGUUCGCCCAUCACUCAAAAACUUCUAUGCCGGAGUUGAUGGUUGCUUUGAUAUUAACAAGCUUGCAGAGCAGGAAACUGUGCACUUCAACUCCAACAAUGUGUCUAAGGCAGAUUCUCAGUCUCCACUCACUCAGUUAGAUCCCAGUGAUAUGAAAGAAGAUUUACCAAAAGCUGACCCAGCAGUGUUUAACAGGAUUGUAGUAGAUCUUCGCAAUGCACUUAAUAUGGAUCUUCUGGGUAUUGAUGUUGUGAUUGAUAGCAGCACUGGAAAAUAUGGCAUUAUUGAUGUCAAUGCAUUUCCCAGUUAUGAUUCGGUGCCUAAUCUGAUGGAACACCUUGUGGACCUCCUAGUUAUGCGCAUGAAUGACUCGGCUCUUGCCAAUACUACAAGAAUAGUAGAAAGUAAGAGCAAUUCGAUCAAUAUGACUUCCCCUGACCAUCCUCAGGAAGAUUCUGGUGUAGAUACUGGCUAGUGAAGUAACUCUUACUAAACAUUUUUAUAUUUGCCUAGUCAAGUGUUCAUGAAUACAAUACAUUCCAGGUCUCUUGUCAGUUAUAAUGUUCAACAAAUAGAUUAAAAAUGGGACAUUAUUGUGUGAUUCACUAUCUCAAAUUUAGUAGAGACUUAAAAAAUGCAUAUUUUGCAUAAACUGCUCAAUCUAUUUUUAAGCAUUUUUUGGGUCAAAUUUUGUAGUAGGUAGUUUUUCUAAGGUUUAAUUUUAUUACUGAAGAGACUUCUCCAUAGUUUUAGAAUUGAAAUGUCGACUUAGUAAGAUGACAUGAAACAACGAACUUGUUUAAAGGAUACAGUAUUAGAGAUUGAGCCUUACAGUGAUUAUGUUAUAGCUUACCGUACUUGUGUUUCCAAAGUUGUGUUUUUUAAUGUUUUUGUGUUUUAUUACAUUCAUUUAUUCUGAUCUGAAUUUCAUGUGGAUGAAUUUAUGGUUCAUUUUCACACUGAAUGGAGUGUAGCUAUAAGGUGGAAGGAAAUUUACCCCCCUGGUACAUGUAAGGUCUCGUAAGAGUAUAAACCGAGUACUUACUGUAUUGUUCUUUAGAAUUAUUAUAUUUUAGCCAUACUUUGUAUAGGAUUGAAUAUAUAACUUAUUAUUUUAGUGAAGAAUUUUAUAUUAAAAGGUUGUGUUUAGGUUGCAGGAUUAACGUUAGGCUAAUUUUAAAUAUAGUAAUCACUCUUGGCUGUUGUGUUGACGUUGUAGUGAUGGUGCGGGAUGAUUACCUUCUUUUUCCAGUGUUUAGUGUGGAUGAUGACACAAUAAUGGGGAUGUUUAUAUAUACAUACUGUUUGUGAUGACAUUAUAGGAUUGAUGCAGACUUCAUGUUCCCAUCUGAAUGUUUGUCUAUAUUGUUCACUUUACAUAGGGCAAGUGAGCAGUUGCUGGUAGAAUGUGGACCAAAAUUUACCAAAAAUUUUUAUUUUUAUUUUUAUUUAUUUUUCAUUUUUACAACAGGUGUAAUGGAGCAUGUCCCUGCAAGUACUGUAUUAUUUUGUUGAUAUGUGAUGUUUUGUUUACUAGAUGUGGCCUCUCACGGCACACUUUGGUUUUCUGCUCUGUAUCCCAUUUCUUUAUCUUAAAGGGGGAGAAAUACUGAGAUUACUACCACCCUAUUGUCUCUCAUAUGUUCAUUUCACUCAUAUGAUACAUCAGUUUUUGGCCUUGGUUAUGUUGGGCAUUAUAGUACAGUACUGUAGUAAAUUCAAGGAAGAAGAUUCUAGUUUAAUGUUUUACAAAGUGUUAAGGGAAAAUUUAGUGGGGGAAUAUACGUUUUUAUUUAUCAUUACAUCUUCUUCCCUUUGUAAUUUAAUCACAUAUUUUCAGUAUUAAUAUAUAUAUAUUUAACUAGCUAUUAUAAACCUGAAAUAUUUGUAAAAAGUAUUAUUUUGCAUUAUAAUAACUGUUACCUAUACUUCUCUCCUAUUCUUUUUGUUAUUAUUAUUAUUAUUGCAUCCUGGGGCUUGGAUACUCCCGCCCCAAAAAGGGUAAAAUAAUAUGGGAGCGAGAUGUAACACAAGUUUAGGAAACGGUCUAUUAUAUUUUCUUCUCUAGUAAAUGGGGUAGUCAGUGCACCCAUAUAAAAGGAAUACCUUGUAUAUUUAAAAGCCAAUGACUUCAGAUUCAGAAAAUAUGAUGAGAGCCAUUACUGAACUCUAUAGAAUUAACCCUUAACCCAGUCACUUGAAAGAUGGGAAAUUUAAAUUUACUGAUGUUUUAUAAAAUUUACCUUAGUGAGAACUAUUCUUAUACUGUAUGUAGAUAGAAAUAGGCACAGCUGAAGUAAUUAGUAUUAAUAUCAGAAAACUCGGGUUCCAAUUCUUUUUAAUCGUAAUUCUUUAUUUCUGUUAGGUGUUUGGUAAAGGUGUUGAAACCCAACCUGAAUCUGGGAACUCAUUGGUCUUAAAUAUAGUCUAGGAUAUACCGUAUUAAUAGUAAUACAGGUUUACUGGUCUGAAUGAUUAUCUAGAUAAUAUUGACUCCUCUCUUGUUGGUCUAAGCAGCAGUCAAAGUUUUGGAGGAUAUUACUUUACUUUAGUAUUACCUGUAUAUAUUUCUAAUCAGCUAAGGAUUAAUAAUUUUCUAAUUGUCACUUAUAUUAGGUGUUAUGUCUGCCUUCUCUGAAUGUUUUACUGAUUAACUCUUUUCUGUGUAAGGAUUUUCCCCAGUUUUUCCUUACCAGUGAACCCAAGUUGGUUUUCACCCGGCCUGCACACUACCUCCAUGCUGCCAAUGACCAUGUUGAUGGUUAUUCUCGUACAGUAUUUAGGAAAGGUCAUUUCUAAGAUACAUAACACAUUAUACUAGUGCACCCUCAACCUUACCUGUUGCAACCUUCUGGUGAUUGUAAGAAUUCUAUGGGUCACUGUUGUGGCCUUAUACUUUUUAAAGCCCAAUGCAGUAGUUCCAUUUUUUGCUCAUAUAAUAGUCUGGAUUUUUUGUAUUUCUAGCCAUUAUUCUCAGCCAACAUGUAAACUCUUUUUAUCAUGCACUUAGUUCAUUGAUUUCAUUAUGAAUGGGCUGUCAAAGACUGCAAAUUAUGCUCCACAUUUUUCUUGUGUGUGUGUGUGUGUGUGUGUGUGUGCCUCGGUGCCCAAAUGUUGUACCUUGUUUUACCCUCCCAUUUUCACAAGUGUGACAUUUCAUGUUCAUUAGGCUGAUCGAGCAUACACUCCCCACCAAUGCAUUAUGCGCGAGGUGGCUGACGGGAAGUGAUCUUUGCUGAAGUGUCUCACACCCCUCCAUGCCAGCUAGCUUGGGCUGAGGCAGGCAUUGUAAGUCUGGCAGCAAAGGGAAACUCUACGACAAGUUAGCCAUCAAUCAAAACGUUCACCAGUUGCCCGCGUAAAUUUUGUGAACGGAGAUUUAUGAGUGCCAGAAAAAAAAAAAAGUGAGGGGGGAUUCAGAGACUAUUGUUGCAACAGUUAAGGUUAAUAUUGUUUUGUGGCAACUUUUCACCUGCAUAUAAUAUUUAUCUUUAUACUCAGCAUUGUAAAUAACUAAUAUGGGUACAGAAUCAUCACUUUUGCUGGAAGUGUUUGUUAAUCGUUGCUUAGUACAGUAUAUGAAAAAAAUUCAUAAUACUGUCCUGGAUCUUUUGAUCAUACCAUUAAGGCUCUGCCACUGUAGGAAGAAGAUAGAUGAAAAAUUACCUAGCAUGAUUUAUGCAUUUAUCAUAUCAAGUAAAGGAAAUUCCAUUCAUUGUCAGUUUUUUUGCUGUGGUGUUUUUAUGGUACAGGCCUCAGGCCAUUUUUCCCAGACAGUCUUGUUACAACCUCCUUCCCUGCUGUUGAGAUGUUAUGCAAAGAUAUCAUCAUUAUAAUACCCAAGAUUUGCUUAUAAGUAUUUUGCACUAGUCAGACUUUUUGUGUACUGUAAAUACUGUAUGACUAAUUUUUGUCUGUUCAUAAGGCUUGGUAUUUUAGGCAGUUGCUCCUUGAAAAAUGAGACAUUUGUUGUGGUUGCAGCUGUAUAUAGGACAUUUCUAAUCUUAACAGCAUUGAACGAGAAUUACACCCAAUAUAAUAAUAAGGGGAACAUUUACAUUAAGUGAUUCUUCUGGAAAUUAUUUGAGAUCCAUAUUAUUUUUAAGACAUUCAAGAGUGUUGCAUUUAAUUGAGCGGAAUCUGAAAAGGUGAAACCUUAGGUUAUUUAUAGGUAUCGGUGAAAAUGAAAAAUGACUCGCAGAUGGAAUGAGGUAUUAAAUACGUAGUAAAUAAAUGCACUUUUGUUUAAUAUGUAUAGAGAACCUAAAAGUGUUUGCAAUCAAAGCAGUUUUAAAGUCGAGCAAGUGCCUUAGCCAUGCAACUGUUAUGUCUGCAUUAUAAUAUUUAAUAGAUUAAUUCUCUGCAUAUGAAGUUACUGAAUUUGGUUUCCUGUAUAAUAUAAGAUACUGGGCAUGGAUUCUCAAAGGUUCACAGGGUAAUGUUUACAUCAUAACUGGAGAUAAGAGAAUGCAUCGUGUUAUGGGUAGAAUCUUAGUACCCAGUAUAAUAUUGAUGGAAUUUAUUUAUAUUUCGGUAUUGUAGAGUAAAUGAGCCUGAUAGAUAUAUUCUCAGAUCUCAACUUGGGGUCAAAACCUGAUGUGUAAACCUCUGAAAGUCUUUUAGUGUGAUUCACUUUUAUUUGACAUACCUCAUUUAAAUUUUCUAUAUACCUGUUAGCUAAUGAUAGAAGAAAUGUAGCAAGCAUUUGAUUGUUUGCUUAUAGGGCCUUAUAUGGUUGUACAGUAUUAGUUGUAGGUAAGUGUAGUGUAAGGGUGUUUUGUGUCUGUUGUGUGUUGGUCAUAUCAUCAGCCACAUUUCUUUCUCAGUCUCACUACUCACAGUGUAUCUUAAAUUUAGCUUUGGAUAUUAUAUGAAAUUAUUACUAUUACUGGAUAGUUAUUUACAAUGGCGAAAUGUAAAAUAGGAUUUCUAUAGGUUGAAUGAAAGACAGUACUGCACUCAAUUUGAAAUUAUAAAUAUUUAAAAUGG